GAAGGGGAAAGAAAGAAGAAGAAGAAGAAGAAGAAGCAGGAAAAAGAAGAAGAAGAAGCAGGGCGAAGAAGAAGAAGAAGACGAUGAAGACAAAGCGACACCGCUCGUUCUCAUUUCAAUGCGGCGCGCAAGUCGCCCCCUGACACGAAGUCUCGACAUGACGGAGCGCAGACAGCCCAAUUUUUCCCAGGAAGAGACCGAUUUGCUCAUCCGGGAGGUGGAGGCGCGCAAAGAACGUUUGUACGGAACCGCAAGCAGAGCUCCGCGGCCGGAUGAUGUAAAGUUGGCUUGGAAGGAGAUCACGAGCAUUUUGAACGAAUCGAACCACGGCUUGCUGAGAACGGCAGCCCAGUACAAGAAGCGCUUCAAUGAUGUGAGACGGAGGGCCAAAAAUAAACUUUGUUGUAUCCGCAAAGAGCAGCAGGGGACGCGCGGGGGGGCCGCGGCGACCACCUCCCUCAGCCCCCUCGAGGAGCUCGUGGCUUCCAUCCCCACCGUGAGCCGAGAAGGAUUUGGCGGCGUGGAGGUCGGCAUAUCUGGACAGCCGGUGGGGAAAAAAGAUGGAUUCUUCGAACCAGCUGCGUCCCGAGCGCCGGCGGCCGAGGAGGCGGAGGAGCACGAAGACGACGUGGGCGUCGACGGAAGCGGCGAGGAGCUGGCGGACGGCGGCGGGGACGCACCCGACCGGCGGCCGGCCGGCCGAAGACGGGCGCGAGAGCGGGGGGACCGGCCGUUCCUGGAUCUCCAGCGAGGCGGGUUUGAGAUGCUGGAGCGGGAGCUCAGCACGCUCAACAGCCACCUGCGGAGCCUCCAGAGCGGCGUCCUCCCGCUGCUCGCGUCCAUCAACGGCAGCCUCCGGCGGAUCGCCGACGCCGCGGAGCGGCUCGCGCCGCAGCCGGCGCCCGGCCAGCGGGCCGGCCCGGGCGGCCUCUGCGAAGAAGACUGGGCAGACGGGGGGGAGUGGGAAGAGGAGCGGGGGGAAAUUGUGAGGCUAAUUAUUGAUAAAUAAAAACAAUGACAUUUGUCCUCACAUGUUGACUCACCAGUCAUGAGACUCCUAUAUUUUCUGAACUCGUUGCUCAUUCACAACAUCAUUUCAAAAGGCUACACGGGCAAAGAUGCAGCGCUAGUAUCUCAAAAUGCAUGCCCAUUCUAGUUCGAAAGCGAUUGAAGCCUUAUCAAUAAAUAAGCAAUAUUC